UCAAAAACUCAGUAACAGUCUUUGGUUUCUCAGUCGACGAAAAGAUCCUCUUUAGCACCUUUAACAGGCUUGGGUGCCACUCAGGCUCGCAGGACAGUGAACCUUUUGUGGCCAAGUAGACUACAUUCAGCGCUCAUAAAUUAUUUAGAGCUUAUGUGAGCCUGUAAUGUAUGUGCGUUUUGCGAGAGCAAUCAGAGUGGCAAAUGAAUGGUAAUCAGCUGUCUCCUUAAAAUAGUCUGUUUGCAAGCAGCGGAAAACUGUCUACAAGAGACACACAUACAGGAAACCCAAGUGUCAUUUACUCUGCUGCACAUAAUAGCACCAAAUCUAUCAUGCGCCGUGCACGUCUGUGAUGACGUAAGAUGAACGCAAAUGCACCAGGGUUCGAUAGAAUCAAUUUGAGUCUGAAACCAGACCAACGCUGCGGGGGGCACUGGGAACAAUCGUGCCCGGGCUCGGACCACGGCAAACGAGCCUAGUGUGAAAGCCCCAUAAGUCUCCAGCACCUCCUGCACCACCCUGGCCCCCCGAACUGUCAGCACUGCCUUGGCCCCCUUAAUUGUCAGUGCUGCCCUGGCCCCCCAAACUGCCGGUACCGCCCGUGACUGAAGUGAUCAGAAAGGAACAGAAACAUUAGAUUCAGGGCACUUGCUACUGUUUCCUGCAUCAUCAAUACAAAGGUCCAGUUUGGGCUGUUUAAGGAUAUUUGAGUCCAUUUGAGUGGUCACAGAUUCCUCUUGUUGGCUUUUGAAGCUGAUAAUGUGGUUGAAUGUAGUCUGCAGAGAGUUUUUAAGUUGGACUGCAAGUCUUUAUUCUUGUUGAAGGCAGGUGUGAAAUAAAAUAGCUUCCUGUUAAGGUGUCAGUUGUAAAAAAAAAAAAACCACUCAUUCUGAAGAUCACAGCUCAUCUGUAAAGACGUACUGUCCAACAUAAGAGCCAAAUAUGGAAUUAGACCCUGUUUAUCAAAAUGUUGGACGGAGAAAUAUUGAGGACACAUUUAAACCUCGAACACUGAAUCACAGGCAGGAUGAAGGAAAAGAUGAAAACCGCAGAGGAAGUAGAUGUUUGGUGUUGAUGACAGUGUGUCUCGGGCUCAUUUGUGUUCUUCUGCUGGUCAUCAUCGUCUUCAUCACAGCAGAGAGAGAAUCUCUGUUCAAGAGUUACAAGAACACAGCUGAAGAGAUCAAUCAGACCAUCAACAGCUUACAGGAGAAUUACACUGAUCUUACACAGAAGAAACUGAAGCUGGAGACCAGAGUCAAAGAUCUCACUGUUGAAAGAGACCAGUUAAAAAACAACUUCAGCUCUUUGUGUGAGAAGAAACUGGAGCUGGAGACCAGAGUCAAUAAUCUCACUGCUGAGAAAAGUCAGUUACAGAGAAGAUUUGAUUCUUUGAGUCAGAAGAAUCUGGAGUUAGAAAGCAAAGUCACAUCUCUGAGUGAUGACCUGACGAGAGAACCAUCUAAACAAGGUUAUUUUUUUUUCAUAUCUAAUGAAUCGAAGCACUGGUCUGAGAGCAGGAAGUACUGCAGGGAUCGAGGAGCUGAUCUGAUCAUUAUCGACACUGAAGAGAAGCAGGUGAGUUUGUGUGAGAGUCUGUUCAUGAAUGAGAGGAAUCACACUUAUUCCUGUUUUCAUUCACACACAGAGGUUCUUAUCUUCAUUCAUCAAGGAGAGAGUGUGGAUUGGUUUGUCUGACACUGAGACUGAAGGCAGAACGAUAUGGGUGGACAAUAAACCACUGAAUCGAGGGUUUUGGUUCAGAGGUCGGCAGGAUGACUAUAAUGGAAAUGAGGACUGUAUUGAACUGAUCCCUACAGAAGACCCUGGGAACAACUGGAAUGAUCUGCCAUGCUCUGACAAGAGGAAAUCGUUUUGUGAGAAGAACUAGAUUUUAUCCAGUCUUGUGUUUUUGCUUCUAUUAUUUCACUGAAUUGUUUUAUUGUGAAUGUAUAAUUUCUGCCAGCUGAUGCUCAUAUGAAUUUGUUAGAAGGAAAUGUCAAUAUGAUCUUAUUUCGUCUCAUUUGUUAGUAUGAAGUGUUGAAGUGAAAAUCACAGUAGAUUGCCCUGAUUCACCCUAUUAUUCUGAUAUUGAGUGUCUGUGAAACUGCCUUUGGGUUGUAUUGCUAUCAUUUUCAAUAAAAUGUUAAAUAACCAUUAUUACUAUAUAAUAAUCUUUUCUUUUUUUUCUUAUUUCAUAUUUCAUUCUUGUAUAUCUGCUUUAUUGCAACAUUUACCAAAAGCUGCAAUUUCAGGAGCCAAUUCUACUUCAAACUUCAAUCAAACAGAUGCAAAGAUUAAACCCACAGAAAUUAUUCACUUUUUUUAUGAUCCUUUACUCUUAUUUUUAACAAGUGUGGGCGCAGCCAUAUUAAACUUUGGUGCGAGGCUUUCGGCGUCAGCAGUCUCCAGUUAUUAUUUAGCUGUGCAAUAACAGUUUAUUGUGCUGCUGGAUGUUGUAAACUGGCACUUGUUUUCAAAUAAUUUUAAUUUAUUAAUGUAUUAAUAAAUGCACUAGUUUGUGGUUCAAUUAUUUUACCUUUUACUGCAAUUUGUUAAGUGGGACACAUCAGAGGUGGAGCGCCACACAAAUAUUAUCUUUACAAGAAAACUGAUUUUAAAACUAGAAUAAAGAGGCUCAUAAAUUGAAACAAAUUAGGUGAAAUUUUUCAGGAUUACCAACGGGUUUGGUUAGGGUUAGGGGUUGGUUAUAGGACAGUAUACCAAUUAAAUUUGACAAUUUAACAGCUAAAUCAUUCCUUAAAUAAUAAUAAAAUAUAGAAUUGAAUAAGUAAGUGAUAUAAAAUAGUAUAAACUCUUAAAAAAAAAAAAAAACUAGCAAAAACGCUAGUAAAACACAAGUAAAAAAAAUGAUUAAACUAAAGAUUGGACUCAGUAGUGUUCCUUACAAUUUACCAAAG